AUGGCGGACACGGACCUUUUUAUGGAAUGUGAGGAGGAGGAGCUGGAACCAUGGCAGAAGAUCAGUGAUGUGAUUGAAGAUUCUGUUGUUGAGGAUUAUAAUUCAGUUGAUAAAACCACUGCGGCUGGCAAUCCUCUCGUUCAGCAGAGUGGGCAGCCACUAAUCCUUACCCAGAACCCCACUUCAGGUCUGGGCACGAUGGUAACUCAGCCAGUGUUACGACCUGUGCAGAUCAUGCAGAAUGCCAAUCACGUCACCAAUUCUCCAGUGACCAGCCAGCCCAUCUUCAUAACAACCCAGGGAUUUCCUGUGAGGAAUGUUCGGCCUGUACAGAACACAAUGAACCAAGUUGGAAUUGUUCUGAAUGUACAGCAAGGUCAAACAGUUAGACCCAUCACCCUUGUCCCAGCUCCAGGCACCCAGUUUGUUAAACCAGCAGUUGGUGUCCCUCAGGUGUUCUCUCAAAUGGCCCAGGUGAGACCAGGUACGACCAUGCCGGUCCGACCCACCACCAACACUUUCACUACGGUCAUUCCGGCCACGCUUACCAUCAGGAGCACUGUCCCACAGUCCCAGGCACAACAGCAAAGUAAGUCCACUCCCAGCACCUCCACAACUCCUACUGCAACGCAGCCAACACCACUUGGACAGUUAACUGUGCAGCAGCCAGGGCAGUCCAGUCAAGCUACUAACCCCAAAUUAGUGAGUAUUGCAAGCUUUGUGACUGUAAAGAGACCUGGAGUGACUGGUGAGAACAGCAAUGAGGUUGCUAAGCUAGUGAAUACCCUGAACACCAUUCCUUCGUUAGGACAGAGCCCGGGCCCACUGGUGGUUUCCAACAGCAGCCCUGUGCAUGGCUCCCAGAGAUCCAGUGUUUCCGAGUCGUCAUCCUCAUCAUCAUUAAAAGUCAGUUCAUCUCCUAUUCCCACAUUUGAUUUGCAAGAUGGUGGCAGGAAGGUCUGCCCAAGAUGUGAUGCUCAGUUUCGAGUCACUGAAGCUUUAAGAGGACAUAUGUGUUACUGCUGCCCUGAAAUGGUUGAAUUCCUCAAGAAAAGGAAAUCUCUAGAAUCUGAACCAAAUAUUCAAUCUGCAAAGCCUCCAUCACCAGAAAAAACUACAGCUGUUGCUUCUCCACCCUCUUCUACCCCUAUCCCUGCACUGUCCCCACCUGCAAAAGCUCCAGAGCCAACUGAAAACGUAGUUGACUCAUCCCAAAGUAAGCUCAUUAUGUUAGUAGAUGAUUUCUACUAUGGCAGAGAUGGUGGCAAAGUGAACCAGCUACUGAACUUCCCCAAGGUUCCGACCUCCUUCAGGUGUCCACACUGCACCAAGAGGCUAAAGAACAACAUAAGAUUUAUGAAUCACAUGAAGCACCACGUUGAACUGGAUCAGCAGAAUGGAGAGGUGGAUGUCCACACCAUCUGUCAGCAUUGCUACAGACAGUUCUCCACUCCAUUUCAGCUACAGUGUCACUUAGAGAAUGUCCACAGUCCCUAUGAGUCGACAACAAAGUGCAAGAUUUGCGAAUGGGCAUUUGAGAGUGAGCCAAUGUUCCUACAGCACAUGAAGGACACCCACAAGCCUGGGGAGAUGCCCUAUGUUUGUCAGGUCUGCCAGUACCGUUCCUCACUCUACUCUGAGGUGGACAGCCAUUUCCGCAUGAUCCAUGAAGACACACGGCACCUGCUCUGUCCCUACUGCCUCAAGGUCUUCAAGAAUGGGAAUGCUUUCCAGCAGCACUUCAUGAGGCACCAGAAGAAGAGUGUUUAUCAUUGCAACAAGUGUAGACUCCAGUUCCUAUUUGCCAAGGAUAAAAUCGAACACAAGCUGCAGCACCACAAAACUUUCCGAAAGCCCAAACAAUUAGAAGGCUUGAAACCUGGAACCAAGGUUACAAUCAGGGCAUCUAGAGGACAGCCACGGACAGUGCCAAUAUCGUCAAAUGACAUGCCGCAGGGCACUGGACAGGAAGCCGCUCCGCUGGCAUCUGCUGCCGACCCCCAGCCCAUCCUCCUGUACCCGCCUGUCCAGAGGAACGUCCAGAAGAGAGCGGUCAAAAAAAUGAGUGUCUUGGGGAGACAGACUUGCCUGGAGUGCAGCUUCGAAAUCCCCGACUUCCCGAACCACUUCCCCACCUACGUGCACUGUUCGCUGUGUCGCUACAGCACUUGUUGCUCCAGAGCCUACGCCAACCACAUGAUCAACAACCACGUUCCUCGGAAGAGUCCGAAAUACUUGGCUUUAUUUAAAAACUACACUGCCUGUGGCGUAAGGCUGUCCUGUUCCUCUUGUCCCUUUGUAACAUCUGAGGGUGAUGCGAUGGCCAAACAUCUGGUCUUCAAUCCAUCACACGAGUUUAGUAACAUUAUUUUCCGAGGGCCUACUUGGAUAUCGCAUUCCAGGCACAUUCAGCUCCAGGACAAAAGCAUGAAGAACACAUGUCCUACCUACUCCCCGAGUAAAGCUGCUACUGUGAAAACAAAGUCUGUGUUACCUGCGAAAGGUGAGCUGGAGCCUGAGCUGGCACCAGCAGCCUACAACAGAGCUCUGCUCUGCCAGGAAGAAGAGCACUUAAAUAUUGAUGCUCAGGAAGAUGAGCAGCCAACGAAGGAGCCUGAGCCCUCGGGCAGAAAGGAGCAGCUGUCGGUGAAGAAGCUGCGGGUUGUACUGUUUGCUCUGUGCUGCAACACUGAACAGGCUGCGGAGCACUUCCGGAACCCGCCGCGGCGCAUCAAGCGCUGGCUCCGCAGGUUUCAGGCUUUCCAAGAGGAGAACUUGGCAUCGCUGUCAGAAGGCAAAUACCUGAGCCUGGAGGCUGAGGAGAAGCUCGCGGAGUGGGUCCUCACACAGGGGGAGGUGCGCCUGCCGGUGAACGAGGAGACUCUCUUCCAGAAAGCCACCAAGAUUGGCCGAUCCCUCGAGGGCGGCUUCAAGAUCUCCUACGAGUGGGCAGUGAGGUUCAUGCUGCGGCACCACCUCAGCACGCACACUCGAAGGGCAGUGGCUCACCCGCUCCCCAAAGACGUGGAGGACAACGCCAGUUGCUUCAUCGAGUUUGUGCAGCGGCAGAUCCACACGCAGGACCUGCCUCUCUCCCUGAUCGCCGCCAUCGACGAGAUCUCUCUGUUCCUCGACGUGGAGGUGCUGAGCAGCGAUGACCGGAAGGAGAAUGCUCUGCAGACGGUGGGAACCGGGGAGCCCUGGUGCGACGUGGUCCUCACGAUCCUCGCCGACGGGAGCGUUCUCCCGACGCUGGUCUUCUACAGGGGUCACGUGCAGCAACCCGCCAACGUGCCGGAGUCGAUCGUGUUGGAAGCAAAGGAGAACGGAUACAGCGAUGAUGAAGUCAUGGAGUUGUGGUCGUCCAGAGUGUGGCAGAAGCACACGGAGUGCCAGAACAGCAAGGGCAUGCUGGUGCUGGACUGUCACCGAACACACCUCUCCGAGGAAGUACUUUCCUUGCUGAGCGCUUCCAGCACGCUGCCGGCUGUUGUCCCCGCCGGCUGCAGCUCCAAAAUCCAACCUCUGGAUGUUUGUAUAAAAAGAACUGUGAAAAAUUUCUUGCAUAAAAAGUGGAAAGAGCAAGCCAAGGAGAUGGCGGACUCCACGUGCGACUCGGACAUUCUUCUGCAGCUGGUUUUGUGCUGGCUGGCAGAGGUGCUGGAGGUCAUCAGUGACUCUCCUGAACUGGUGCAGCAGUCCUUCCUGGUGGCCAGCGUGCUGCCGGGGCCGGACGGCACGGCCAACUCCCCCACCCGCAACGCUGACAUGCAGGAGGAGCUCAUCACCGCGCUGGAGGAGCAGCUGAAGCUGAGCGACGAGCCCCAGCCCCAGGCCCAAGCCCAGGCCGAGGAACCUGCAGACCCGGACAUCCUCCACCAGCUCUUCGAAGGGGAGAGCGAGACUGAGUCCUUCUAUGGCUUCGAAGAUGCUGACUUGGAUCUGAUGGAGAUGUGA